UUCUGUUCCUGGCCCGUCGACCUCCUAACCUGCUUCCUGAGAGCCUUUCAGGAACUCAGCUGCAGAAGAUCCAACCCAGGCCAAACAGGCGGGGCGGGGCGGGGUUAAUGAAAGAAAAAAAAAGAUAUUUCCUGGUAACCUACGACAACACAGAAAGAUGAAUGUUGGCGUAGCUCACAGUGAGGUGAACCCAAACACGCGGGUGAUGAACAGCAGAGGAAUAUGGCUCACCUAUCUUCUGCUGACCGUGGUGCUGCACAUUGUCCUGCUCAGCAUUCCUUUCCUAUCCGUGCCGCUCGUCUGGACCCUCACCAAUGUCAUCCACAACCUGGCAAUGUACCUGUUUCUACACACAGUGAAGGGCACCCCCUUUGAAACCCCAGACCAAGGAAAAGCUCGUCUACUCACACACUGGGAACAGAUGGACUAUGGUGUCCAGUUCACUUCUUCACGCAAGUUCCUCACCAUCUCGCCGAUUGUUCUGUACAUUCUGGCCAGUUUCUACACAAAAUACGAUGCAACGCAUUUUUUAAUCAACACGUGCUCUCUGCUGACUGUCCUCAUCCCAAAGCUGCCCCAGCUUCACGGAGUACGGAUAUUUGGCAUCAACAAGUACUGAUGCACCGUUAAAAAAAAGAAAGAAAAACUGGGACUUUAUCCACAAAAACUGGACUUGAAGUUCUCGGCUCCUGCUGAACUGUUUUUGUUUUUUGAGUAAAAGGUUGAAGGAGAGGAAAAAAAACAGCUGGGAGGACUCUGAAGGUCACAGCCUGAAAAAUCUGAAUGCACUGUUUCUUCAAAGUAAAUAUGUUCUGAUAGUAAAAUAAGA